UGUCGUCUGACAAGAAGGUAACACGGACUUGUGAUAGAGAAGUUUCGUCCUGGAUCACAGGCUUUCACUCUUCAUUUCGAACGGAACCGGUUGAGAGGAAUCAUCGAUGCCUGCAAUCAGUAGCACGACCUGGGCUGAAACCCGGGAUGCUUUGAUUACGACCCAGUCACCUGAAAUGACCCCGGUGAAUCCCACCGGCAGCAUGAUGAACGGCACCUUAACGGUCCACGAAAUGAAACGACGCCGACUCCGGGUCGCCUCCUGCUCUUAUUCCAUAUCUAAUCCCCUUCAUCAGACACGAGUGGAAGAGCUCCUGAGACCCCUGAUAUUUACUCAGGACACCAUCAAUCGUAUUCGAGACGUCUUCGAGCAGGAAAUGAAGCUGGGUCUUGCAAAAAAUCCUCCGAAGCGUUCUUCCCUUCUGAUGGAGAACACCUUCCUUCCGGAACUUCCCAAUGGCACUGAAAACGGAGAAUACCUGGCCUUGGACCUUGGAGGAACAAACUUCCGGGUGAUGUUCGUGGAACUCCAAGGGGGAACAAUCCAGAAACUGGAAGUGAAAUACUACAAUGUCCCCGAGGAAGUGCGGCUGGGACCCGGAGAAGAUCUCUUCGAUUUCCUUGCCGAUUGCAUCAAGGACUUCCUCGAGGAGAAACAUCACGUCGGCGAAAAACUAACCCUAGGGUUCUGCUUCUCGUUCCCGAUGUACCAACAGGCAUUGAACGUGGGGAUUCUGGCGCACUGGACCAAGUCGUUCAACUGUCCCGGUGUCGUCGGAAAAGACGUGGUGAAGAUGCUGAACGAUGCCAUCCAUCGACGAUGUGGACGCGCCGUCGACGUCGUCGCCGUCCUCAACGACACCACCGGUACGAUCGUGAAGGGUGCAUACAUGGACCACGAGACGGCGAUCGGUCUCAUUCUGGGCACCGGCAGCAACGCUUGCUACUUGGAACGAGUGAGCAGAAUCGAGAAAUGGGAAGGCAAACACGACGUGGAGGAGGUGGUGAUCGACAUCGAAUUCGGAGCGUUAGGAGACAACGGAGUGCUGGACUUCAUCAAAACGGACUUCGAUCGAGAAGUAGACCGAAAUUCCCUACUCGUCGGCUCUUUCACUUUUGAGAAGUACUAUGCAGGGAAGUACCUCGGUGAGAUCGCACGAGUGAUUCUGGUCCGAUUGGUGGACGAAGGGCUUUUGUUCGAAGGGAAAUGCACGGAGAAACUCAGGACCCCGGGCUCCUUCACUACCAAUUAUGUCUCGCACAUCGAAAAGGACACAGUAGAACUGAGCACGGAGGAGACGGAGAGAAUCCUUGGUGAAUUCGGUCUCGGCUACACACAAGAUGACUUGGAGAUAAUCAAAUACGUCUGUGCCGUCAUAUCCGAACGGGCUGCCAACCUUGUCUCCAUCUGUAAGAGCCUUCCCCCACCCCCCUCCCCCAUCGUUUUUCGCAAGACUUCACGUAAUGACGAAUAUUCCAAUGAGAACUCGUUGGGACUAACUUAUCUGUAACCUUCCUUAUUUUCAUUAAGCAUCGUCUCUCCCGUCGCCUCUCGCGUGAUUCUUCCUUCCAUUUCCGGAAUUCGCCGAGCGUGUCUUUUCUUUUGCGAGGUUUGGCCCAUUUGGUGCGUUGGAUGAACAAGCCCCAUUGUACGAUCGCCGUGGACGGAUCUCUCUUCAAGUACCAUCCCCGUCUCAGGGCCCUCAUGGAGACUAAGAUCUCUGCCUGGGCUCCCGGCAAACAAUUCAAAUUCCUGUUGGCGGAGGAUGGGAGCGGAAAGGGUGCAGCACUGAUUGCAGCCAUAGCCACACGCCUUAGUGGUCAUUGCAAAGAAAUCAUCAGUGGCGAAUAUUAAAUCGACUCAAGUGUGUUCACAUCAAGAUCGCAUCAUUCGUUCAUCUUCAAAGAACACACCAGAUAUCAAAUAUUUUUCUAUUUAUUUUGAAUUUUAAAAGCACAAUUUCCUUUCUAGUGUUCUGUAGAAACAUGCAAAGGAAUUCUUUGAUCACUCAUGACCAACAUACCACAUUCAUUUGUAAUGAUUGUAAAUACAUUAGCUAUGUAAAACAGGUCUCUUUGAAACAGCAAAGCAAGUAUGACAGGUUAGCCUUCUCUUUUGUCUAUUUCUCACUCUUUUGUAAGUUUGCCAAGUUACAAAAUGAAGUUGUUUUAAAAUGGCAUCGAAGUUGAUGAAAUUUUUAUUUAUGUUCAAGGAUUCAACAAUCAAUGCAGACAUACCAUAAAACUCCAGAAAUGAUAUAGCUGCAAAUGAGAAGAUUCCCGAGCAUCUUAUUGCGUGAGAAGGAAUAUCCUUCAUGAAGGGAACCCAGAUAAAAAACCAGCAAAAGUGACAGACUAUAACACCCUGUGCAAGAACUACAAAGCUCUCUCCAUGAAUGACCAG